GAGUGCACCUGCUACCAGGCAAGACUAUUGUACAGUAUGUUAGCCGGGAGCGUUUCCAAUACAUUUACUAUGUAGUUUUACACUAUUCUGUUACGUAACUGUACUUUAAGUAAUUAGAAUGAUUCAUGAGUGGGUUAUUGACUUGGUUUUGGGAUAACCGGAACGCAUAACCAAUAGGAAUAGAACCAAAUGUUGUUUACGUGUUACAUGAAACAGGAUAUAAGUUGAGAUCGAAGUUUAUAACUGAAGAGUUGACAAAAGAUGACAAAUGUGCUCUCUAUCGUCGUUUUUUCAUCAAUGUUGUGUAUAGUUUUUGCUGUAAGACCAGAAAUAGUGGAUGAUAUUUUACCAGAGGUGAAAAAACAAGGUCAAACAGCAUACCUGAAUUGUUCUGUCAUAAAUUUACAGUCUCCAGCACAGUUGCAAUGGAUUAAACAGAUCACACCAUCUGGUCUCCCUGGAUACAUAUCCUCUGAUGAAACUGUUCGUGUUGAUUAUGUUGUUGAAGGAAGAAGGAAAUAUGAUGUGGUGAAAUACAGAUCAAACAAUCGUGAAAUGUACCAACUGAUUAUACGAUCAUUAACGGAGACUGAUGCAGGGAAUUAUACAUGUCAGAUCUAUCUUCCAAAUCAGAAUUACAAGGAAUGGCCUCAAAAGUUGGGGGAAUUAACUGUGCAAAUCGCUCCUACUAUAAAAGGUACCAGUGCUCUCAGAAUAACUGUCCAGGAAGGACAAAAUAUCACACUGAAUUGUGACGCUAAUGGAAUUCCUGCACCAAAUAUUACAUGGAAAAGGGGAGAUGGAUUCCCACUGCCUAAUGGUGGAUUCCAGCAAAGGGUAAGGGAAAACAAAAGAUAUUUGCUUCUCAAGCCAGCUGCAGUAACUGUUUUUGACAAGGGUGGUAUUUACAAUGUUUACCAAAUAAAUGCUAUAGAUCGUGGACAGUUUAUUUGCAUCGCUGAUAACAAUGUUAAACCACCAGCAUCCUAUACAGUACAGCUUGAAGUCAGAUUUUCUCCUUACUGUACAGCUGUCCAGGAUACCGUGGGUCAGGCACAGAAUAGGAGGUUUCAUGCAAAAUUAGAGUGCUUAGUAGCUGCUAAUCCUAGAGCUGAAGUUAUAUGGUACAAAGAAUACAAAUCAACGCAAGAAAAAGAACAAAUUCAGGACAAUGACAAAUACAUAUUAGAACAACAAGAUGAUCAGAGAUUGAAAGUUAAUGAGAAAUGGUACACUCUUUCAAUAAAAAAUGUAGAAGCAAAUGAUUAUGGAGAUUAUUAUUGUACAGGGAAAAAUGAGUAUGGAGAAAAUCAAGCUAAAUUUAAACUUUUUGAAACUGAGGAAUGCCGAGGACAAAAAUGUCCAUCUGUUGGAGCUGGGAAAAUUCCUAUUAAGUUUCCAUGAGAUUUAGUUGUAUCUGUCAAUUCUCAUCGAGAUGUAUUUAAAGAUUGUGAAUGAGAUUGUUCCAAUUUAUAUGAAAUCAGUUAACAUUAUAAAAUAAAAUUUGUAAAAUUUAAA